AUUGUUGCGGUAAACACACUUCAUGUCCCUUUUUGAUGGCAGUACGUGAGAAUACAGUUUAGUCAGCGAGAGUGGGGAUUUUCUGUGAAUCGUGACGAAAAUGGUUGCUACAUAGGUCGCAGAUAAACUUGCUGCGUUAUUUCUGUUGUUUUUCGAGGGUUGUUUUCGAAUAGAAUCGUUGAAAAGUGGGCGAGUGCGUGUAAAAUGGCUCACGGACUGAAUUCGGUGUUGAAACGCGGUGUUAGUGGAGUGCAAGGCUGUAAAAGUGAAGGAAAAACGGGUAUCGGAUCCAGACGGAUAUUUCCUCCGCACUUCAAGCUGCAGGUGCUCGACUCGUACAGGAACGACGCGGACUGCAAAGGGAACCAGCGGGCCACGGCGCGGAAGUACGGGAUCCACAGACGGCAGAUCCAAAAGUGGUUGCAAGUGGAGAACGUGCUGCGGAACAGCGUGAACAAGGGAAGCAGUGGUUCGGGCACGGCCCCGGGGCCCAAGAGUGCGGAUUGCGGCAACGCAAACAACAACGGAGGCGAAAUUCCGGAGGCUAGAAAAUGUGGAAUAGAUGUGGCCUUGAGCAACAGACAGCGGGACGACGUUGGCUGUGCCGAUAUGUGUCCGCCUGCGGCGACCAGCGGCGUACCGGACGCGCGGGUUCCCUCGCUCGCUCCGCCGUACGGCGCCCUCGAUUACACGACACAUUCCCGCCGCUCGGACGAUCCCGCCGCGCCCAUGGACUUGUCUUUCAAGAGGCCCGCUUCGCGGAGCGCACCUGUGCUCUCGGUCUCGUUCGCGCCGCUCCUCGCCUCCCCGCUCGCCUCCCCGCCGCUGGUCUCGACGCCUUCCAGUCUCGUUUCGACGACGACGACGACGACGACGACGACGACAGCGACUCACCCAGAUGUGUGGGACCUGUCGACCAAGACGAAGACGAAGAGGAAGUGCGACGAGGACAGACUCGUCUCGCCCAAACCAGUCAAGCUGUUCAAGCCCUAUCUAAACGACGACGACGACAACGCUGACCACGACAACAACGACGUCGACGUCGACGUGGACGGGGACGUGGAGGACAGACUGCCGCCUUCCAGGCUGGAACUGGUGGCGCCGGUCAAACUGGAACCGCUCCCUUGCUGCCCCUACAUCCACGACGCCGCCUACUACUACAACAACAACAACAACAAUAACAACAACGUCUGCGACAUCAAAUCGGAAUACAACAACGUUCCCUACACGCUCCACGAACUGCAGCCCAAAUCGUCCAUACACUACUACUAUACGGACAAAACUGGAGCUUACACGUAUCCGUCGACUCUCUACUCGCCAGAAUACGAACCGAAUCCGUACACGUGUUCUUACGACGACUCGUGUUUGCACGGCGUCGCCCCUCUGAAGCAACGCCAGAGCUACAGUUUGGAUUUCAAGCUGCAGGCGAUCGACAGCUACUACGAAGAUUCCCAGUGUAAGGGCAAUCAGAGGGCGGUCGCUUCCAAGUACAACAUCCACAGGCGUCAGGUGCAGAAGUGGCUCAAGCAGGAGGAGGAGCUGCGACAGAGGAACGAGAACGUGAAGAUGAUGCACGCCGUCAGCUAGAACUGUUGUUAGAUUGAUAGAUAACUUGCACAUAUCCAACAGAUGAAACGUCCUCUGUACUUAUUCGCCGCCUUGCCUUAUCUCGGAAAUAGAUUGAUGACGACGACGACGACGACGACGACGACGACGACCACCGGGUGCUAAACUGUUUCCGAACGAGACAACUCGUUGCUCAUUGCUCAUUGCUCAUUGUCAUGUGCCUUGUAAAAUAGUCGAUAAGUCCAUUUCGCCGUGCCAAACACAACGUAGGGCAGCUAAUGUAUACCUGAGAUGCAAUAUUCGACCUCGGUUCCGGUUGGUGCGGACCGAUGCAGGAUUGUACAUGUUCAAACGGCGUGAUAAAUUUUGAACCAACCAAUCGACCGGUCGGUCUGUGCCAACGUGAACCAAAGUCUCCUUCCUUUUUGCCAUAUUUUGUAUAAAAGUCUAGGUUACUGCCGAUACUAUUCAAAUAUUGAAUUGAAUAUGUCUAUUUAUUGAAUCUGUACAUACAUAUCGUAAUUUUUAUUUAUACAUAUCUAAAUUUAGGUAAGAAGUAAGCAAGUAAGUAAUUAGAUGCAAUUUAACAUGUGAUUUAGACCGUAACGACUUCAUAUUGAAGGUGUAUAAAAAAACAUUAAUUAAUAUCUAUUAAAAAUUAAUAAUAACAAUAAUAAAAUAAUGUGACCUUAAUAUUGUAGGUUGUGAAUAUUUUUAUCAAGCAAAUUCGUUUAUCAAAACAGAAAAAUAUAAUUGUAUAUAAAUAUACAUAUAUACGGCUCAGCUGAGUAAUACUUUAAUAAAUAUUGUAAAUGAAAUUUUAUAAACAUGUAUUGAUUAUUUUUUAUGAGAUAUUUUAUAGAACGAUAUUAAUAAAAUCUUGUAUCGAU